AUGUCCUCACACACCAAUUCUCUCGUCAACCAAACACCCAUCAACCGCCACCCCGCCACCACCUUCCGGUGGACCCUCCGCCGCCGCCGCCGUCCGCGGCUCCCCACCGCCCAACUCGGCGGGAAAAAGCGCGGAUUUUUCAUCCCGAGGCUCUGCAGAAAGGCGAAGCUGAAAUGGAUGAGGGUGAAGUACAUGAAAUUAAUGCUGAAGAAGAUCAAGAAAUAUUACCUCUCGUUUGUGGAGGACUUGAUGGAAGGGGGAAGGGCAAUUGAGUCAUUUCAGCAGAGGAUGCUUCUGGAAAGUUCUUUUGCUGUUCCAGCUUUGGGGUUGUCUUUCAAUUCUUACCCUUCGACCAGUGAGCUUCAUAGGCCAACUUUCUUCUAG